ACCCGCCCCAACCUUUUAUUAUAAGCAUAAUGAGUUGAAAGAUGAAUUACUCACGUUAAAGGUUGGCACGGAAUACCUACAAAUAAACGGAUGCAGCAGUUUCUUCCACAAUUAGUACACUCUACCACCAUUCUCGUGUUUAGUACCACUCGUAUUUCCGCCAUGGCUGUUGCACUCUGGAACAAGAACUUUGUCUGGAAGGUGCGGAACCUCUGGAAGCCGCGAAGCCUGACCAGCCUGGCGAAGUCCAAUCCAUAUCCACGCCUUUUAAACAUGGCGGCGCCCGCGAACUCAGGCGGGCCGGUGCGUGUUUUGGAUGGGAGCACGGGGUCGCAGCUGAGCGACCGGGGUUUGAUACUGCCGAAAGAUCCUCUCUGGAGCGCCAGGGUACUCGUCACUGACCUCCCGGCGAUAGUAGACGUGCACAAGAGCUACAUCAAGUGCGGCGCCGACGUCGUCACGACGUGCAGCUACCAAGCGAACGUCGACAACCUGCAGUCUCACCUCGGCGUCGGCGCUUCCGAGGCCGAGGCGCUGAUAGCUCGCAGCUGCACGGCCGCCGUCGCGGCGCGGGAACAGUGCGGACGACCGGGCGUGAUCGUCGCUGGCUCCGUCGGGCCGUACGGCGCCGCGCAGGCGGACUUGUCCGAGUACACCGGCGCGUACGCAGAAGUCAAGAGCGUCGAAGAGCUCGUCGAGUGGCACCGGCCCCGUGUUCGGUGUCUAGUCGCGGCCGGCUGCGACGUGCUAGCCUUCGAGACGAUACCGGCGGCGCGCGAGGCGGUGGCACUUGUACAGUUGCUGGCCAGUUCCCCGGCACCCAGGCGUGGCUCAGCUUUAGCACUUCGCGGAUGCACCGCACUGCACGGCCAAGGGAGCCGCUCGCAGAGGCUAUGA